AUGUCUCACCCACCACCUUACCAACAACCGCAAUCAUCAGAUGACGAUGCCCUGGCUUACGGAGAAGACUACGGUCAAUCCCGAGGGGCUGGUGGAUACGAAGGAACGGAGAGAUCUAUCCUUGGUGACACCUAUCGCAAAGUCAAGUCCAGCUAUGACAAGUACAAGACCCCAUCAUCUCAAUCCCAACCCUAUGGCUACAGCAGUGGUGGUACUUCCCAGCAAUAUUAUGGCCAGCAAGGUUCCGCAACCGAUUAUCCCCAACCAGGACAAUCUGCCUACCCUGGAGGUCCGCCUACGCAGCAGCCUCAAGCGAAACCUGAUUUAGGAACCAAGCUCCUCGGGACCCUACACAGUACUAUUCAUAACAUCGGCUCUGACAUUGCUACUCUGCUUGGCCCGGACGGAAAGCCUGCUCAGCCCUCAAAUCAGCCCUACGGGCAGCAGACAUCAGGACAGAGCCCCUACCAAGGCCCUUCUAACCUCCCAGCCUCGUCCGGCCCGCCCCAAGGCCAGAACCGCUAUGAGAGCUUCGCUUCAGAAAAGCCCGGAAAUGAUGUGAAAUGGUUCGUUGAUGGCUGCGGCUAUUUCUGGGCUGUUAGCGAAGCGCUCGAAGCUGCGAGAGAGUCAAUUUGGAUCCUGGACUGGUGGUUGUCUCCCGAGGUCUACCUUCGUCGCCCUCCGUCUCAGAACGAACAAUGGAGACUCGAUCGAACUUUGCAGCGAGCCGCUCAACGUGGCGUCAAAGUCAACAUCAUCGUUUACAAAGAAGUGACACAAGCUCUGACUUUGUCGUCUGCGCAUACAAAACAUGAGCUCGAGAAAUUGUCACCCAACGUCUCGGUCUUUCGUCAUCCGGAUCAUCUUCCUGACGCUCAAACAGCGCAUUCCUCCCUGAUAUCGUCCCUGCAAAACCUCAAGCUUGACGCAGCUGGGGUUUCAAAACUCGGUGCAGAUGCUUUAAAAGGGAUCUAUGGUUUGGACGACGAUGUUAUUUUGUACUGGGCUCACCAUGAGAAGCUGUGUCUCAUUGAUGGAAGGACUGCAUUCAUGGGUGGCUUGGACCUCUGUUUUGGAAGAUGGGAUACGAACCAACAUGCGAUUGCGGAUGCCCAUCCUAUGAAUGUCAAUGACAUUGUCUUUCCCGGACAGGACUACAAUAAUGCCAGGGUCAUGGAUUUCAGUGAUGUUGCAGAUCCAUUCCAGAACAAGCUGGAUAGGACGAAAAGUUCGAGAAUGGGAUGGUCCGACAUUUCUCUGUCUCUGCAUGGCCCAUGUGUCCAAGAUCUUCGUCACCACUUCAUUGAUCGUUGGAAUUUCAUCUAUGAUGAAAAGUACAACGUUCGAAGGGAUGCACGUUACUCUCGACUGGCCGACGAAUAUCCUCACUCGACAUCUGGCCCUGCACAGCGUCCACAAGCUCCACCGCCCUCCCAAGGACACCUCCAACCACCUCCCACAGGAGGGGCGUUCCCACCACCACCAGGUAGCCAACCAUACACCGAACCUGCAUGGCAUACUACGAGCAGGCCACAUACUCCUACCGGAGACCUACACCAGGUUCAACCCAGCCUUGUAUCAGGGACAACCGCAGGUUCAUAUCCUGCUCCCCCAAGCCCCCUCCCGGCGGCCGCGUUGUCUCCGCCUGCGGAGUCUCAGUUCUCCUACGGUCAGUCCACUGCGUUUGCGGGUCAGCCCACAAGCCCGUACCCUCAGCAAGCCUAUCCGCCUCCGCCUACCGGUCCACCCACCGAACCAACACCCUCUCCAGGACCUGGUCAUGAUUACACGGGCUACCAGCAGCAGAGUACCUCUACCCCAACGUAUGCGCCAUACUAUCAAGGAGCCUCAGAGCUCGCCACCCAACCAGUACCAGGCCAAGCCUAUCACCAUCAGCCAUACCAAGAGCAGGCAUCACCGCCGCCAGGUCAGACAUAUCAGCCACAAAAUUAUUAUCAGUCCGCUCCGGAGCAAAGUCGAGGGGCUGGCGAUUAUGACACCGAGCACAGCCGUGGCUUUGAUGACUACGGCUACGAUGAUGGCACCUCACGAGGGGCUGGCGGUGAGCGAGGCCUCCGUGGGAGAAUGGACCAAUACCGAACCGAAGGCAGACGCAUUGGGCAGGAAAUCUCCUCUAUCGGUAACAUCGUAUCUAGCGGUGUGGAGGGCAGGAUGCACCAUAUUCAAGGCAAGUAUCUCGGUGGACCAGGUUCUCAGGGUCGACCUUACGGUCAGCCUAGGGGUCCCAUGACCUGUCAGCUUCUCAGAAGUUGUACAAAAUGGAGUAACGGCACGCCCUUGGAGCAUUCAAUUCAAAAUGCCUACAUCGACGUCAUCCGCAACAGCCAGCAUUUUGUCUACAUUGAAAACCAAUUUUUCAUCACAGCCACCGGUGACAAACAGAAACCGGUCAAGAACCUUGUGGGCCAGGCCAUUGUUGAGCGCAUUCUGAGAGCUGCCAGAAACGGAGAAAAAUACAAGGUGAUUGUGGUGAUCCCAGCAGUUCCAGCCUUCGCUGGCGACCUCCGUGAUGAUGGAUCUUUGGGGACUCGUGCCAUUAUGGAGUUCCAGUAUUUCAGCAUUAACCGUGGUGGAAAUUCCAUCAUGGAGAAGAUCGCCGAAGCCGGGUUCAACCCCAUGGAUUACAUUCGUUUCUACAACCUCCGCAAUUACGACAGAAUCAACUGCGGUAGCACGAUGCAGCAAGCCGAACAGCAAAGCGGGGUGCGGUACGAAGAUGCACGUAGACAACAUGAUGAUGUGAUGGGCGCUGGGUAUGGUCCUUCUGGGGAGAGGACUGGAGCGAGCCAAAUGUCGCAGGCGACUCAGUAUCAGCAAUACCAGUCUGCGGCACAAAACAUGUCGGCUUCUCCAGGGAGUCGCUGGGAUACUGUUUCGGAGUGUUACAUGCUUGGAGGCCAGGACAUCCGCUCCGUGCCUUGGGAUGGACCGCCCGAGGCUGAAUUGGACGCGUUUGUCAGUGAGGAACUCUAUGUCCACUCGAAGUGUCUUAUUGCAGAUGACCGGGUUGUCAUCUGUGGUUCGGCCAACUUGAAUGACAGGAGUAUGCUCGGCUCGCACGAUAGCGAGAUUGCAAUCCUGAUCAACGACCCUACACCCGUGCAGACGUACAUUGGCGGACAACCAUAUCAAGUCAGCCAGUUCGCAUCGUCUUUACGGCGGUAUUUGACCCGCAAACAUCUUGGACUGAUCCGACCCCAAGACAUGCGAAGACCAGAUCCCAACUACCAUCCUGUCGGUGUCCCCAACGCGUAUGACUGGGGUAGUCCUGAAGACAACAUUGUCUCGGAUCCCUCAAGCGACGCUUUUCAGAGUCUUUGGAAUACGCGUGCCCGUACGAACACUGAGGUCUUCCGAAAAGCGUUCCGAGCAGUACCCGACGACAACGUCAACACUUGGGCAGACUAUAAGGAGUUUUAUGAGUACUUCUAUCAUGCUGAUCCCAAAGCUGGCGGCAAGGAAGGGGAGAAAUUGCCACCGCGGGUGGAGUAUGGACAUGUAGUGCGAGAGGAUUUCCCUGGCGGGGUCCGCGAACUGAAGGAACUGUUGAGCCAGGUCAAGGGCACCUUGGUGGAGAUGCCGUUAUGCUUUUUACAAAACGAGGACAUCGCCAAAGAAGGGUUGACCCUGAAUGCACUGACCGAAGAACUCUACACUUGA